AUGCGGCUGGGCGUGGGCGACUCCUUCGGCGAGAUGUCCCUCAUCACCGGCCUGCCGCGGUCGGCAACGGCCAUCGCCUGCGAGGACACGACGCUCCUGGAGCUCAACCGAGAUCGCUUCGAGUCGUUGCUUGCUCAGUACCAGAAUAUCCGCUACCACGUCAUGCACGUCGUCUCUGAACGCCUCAAGGAGUCGCAGAAGUUUGAUGAGCACAUCCGCAAGCGGGCCAGCAGCCCCAGGGCAAGCACCAAGGAAUGA